UAUCAUUUUGUGAGAUUUCCUUCGACUAAUUGUUAAAUUUUAUUUAAUCUGCAAUUCGUCUUUAAACAUGGUCGUUUCAAUGCAGAAAUCUAUGCAGUGUACUGUAGUGGGUGAUGGAUUUGUUGGAAAAUCCUGCAUGGUGCAGAAAAUGGCGAGUGGUCAGUUUCAUAAGGAAUACAUUGCCACUUUGAAAGACCACUACAAAACAAGCAUAUCUAUCAACGGUGACCGUUUUGAUAUCAACAUCACCGAUAUUGCUGGAGAGCAUGAAGACCUAUCUUCUCUGAAAAUACCCGACAUCUACAUUGUAUGCUUUAGUUUGGUUGACAGAGAUUCACUGGAUAGUGUAGAAGACUUUUGGAUACCUAAAAUUGAAGCACUGGAAAAGAACAUUCCAGUAAUUCUUGUAGGAACGCAGAUGGAUCUGAGAAAGUCCAUGAAAAAAGGACACGUCAAGACUGAAGAAGGUCAGAAAAUGGCUAAGAAACUGGGAGUCGAUUAUUAUGUUGAAUGUUCAGCGAAAGAAAACAAUGGAAUCCUUGAAAUUUUUCAAAAGGCUCUGCUGGCUAAAGUGAGAAAUGACAAGAGGAAAUUAAAUUUAAUCAAGCGAAUGCUGAACAGAUGAACAACAGGGGACUCUUUUUCUUGAGAAAGUGAACCGUGUUUCACUGUUGGUAAAGCAAAACUUUUGCAGAACCAAAAAUGCCGAGAUGUUCAGAAAGUGGUUGCAAACCUGUAUAUUUUCUCAUGAUUGAUAAGGAAAAGUAUUGAGAGAGAAAUACUCUUGUUCUUCAUGCCGAAUGCUUGUGAAAAUUCAGCGAGCUGAAGAUAAGACUUGUUUCUAUGUCAUUGUAUGGUUUUUGCAGAAACCUUCAGAAUCAAGAAUUAUAUAUAUGUAACGAAAGACUUGACAGUAUUUGAACUUCACGUGGAAGCUGCAUAUUUAGCAAUUAUCAGAUUUUAAAUGUUCUGUUAUGAAUAUGUUACAUCGAACUAGCAAAAAUAAAGAUUGAGGUAA